AUGGCAAAACUGGACCCGUUUCAUAUAAUGAUUGUCUCACAACAUUUCAGUAACAUUUCUGAUUUUAAAAAUCUUGAAAGGGUGCACCAAAAAUACAGAGGAAACAUGUUAAAGUUCCACUUCAACCCGAUACCUCUAACUCCUGAGAUUCUUCCUUUCUUUCCAAACAUUGAGACGUUGAACGUCUGGAGUCUUCCCGCUCAAUUCUUCAAUUUUUAUGACAUAGUCAAAGAUUCACUUCCACAAAAAUAUUUCCAAGAAAAGAAAAACACACAACAAAAUUACAAAUCUUCAAAGUACAAUUUUUAUCAUUUGAACAUUUGGUAUGAAGUGUCUUAUAGUUGUUCCUUGAUAACAGCAAAUGGGAGAAUAUCAUAUAAAAAUGUCUGUUUACAUAAGGACGAACGAAAAGGAUGUGGCAACAAAAUUCCUCAAAACGUGAGAAGUCUUGGGUACGAGUGUUUUGUUUGCGACAGAACGUUGAGUGAAAUAGAAAUACCAAACAGUGUGACAAGACUCGGUCAUCGGUGCUUCUUUUUGUGUAUAAAUCUGGCAAAAGUUGUGCUUCCAAAAACAUUGAAAGAGAUUCAAGUGCUUUGUUUCAGUGGGUGCAAAUCGUUGAAAGAAAUAGAAAUUCCAGAGACUGUUGAAACAAUCGGAUGGAACGCUUUUUCUGGAUGUGAGAUUAUUUCUAAAGUAGAAAUACCAGGAAGUGUGAAAGAACUUAAAGGAUGGACAUUCGGUGGAUGCGUCUCACUUAAGGAAGUCGUUUUGAAUGAAGGAAUAGAAGAGAUCGAAAAGAUGGCAUUUAUAAAUUGUGAUUUAAAAACCGUUGUUAUACCAAGAAGUGUCACAUAUUUAGAAAACUCUGCAUUUGAUGGAAAUGUCAUGAUGUUAAAGAAUUGA